ACACUCAGAUUCGACAAUCAAAAGUAGCUAGCACAUAUAGAAAUUUGAAAUUCCAGAGCUCAAAAUCCAAAAUUCGAAACCAAAUUUCCCACACUCUCACACUUGAAGCCAGCCAGCAACGUAGCUUCCGCGCUCGAGCCCACCGCCUGGACGAGAUUAGAGCAGAUCUUCAGUACUCGCUCAGGCUACUCUCGAGUUAAUUGUCUAAAUUAACGAGUUUUCCCCGCCCCCACACACACAUAUCUCGCCCUGGAAGAGACAAAAACAAAGAAAAGCGAAAAAAAGCAGAAAAACACACGCAGAGAAAAUGUUAAAAAAGGCGAGCCAAAUUGUUCAGACUGUUGUCCGGUUGCAGUUGUGCUCGCAGUGAAGGAGCUCGGCAUCGGCACCCGAGCAUCCCAGCAUCCCACCGUCCGUCCCGUAGACCCACCACUACCCAGCACCAGGACCCGCCAGGAGCCAGCCACCUAGUCCCAACCAUAAAAUCGAACCGAACCGAAUCGCUCAGGGAGGAGUUGUAAUCGCAGAUCGUUGAUCGUCCGCGUUGAUGCUGAAAUUGCUUAGUUGAACUUACUUUUGCAUUCUCGAUUCUCAUUGUGUGUCUCUCUCUCUCUCUAUCCCGCCCCUUGCCCCGUCCCCAUUUUGUGCCACGCCCUGUUUGUGUACAUAAACCAUCACCACCCACCACCACCCACUGUUUGUUGUGUCGGAUUUGGAUACGGACGCGGACCCCGGACAGCAGUUGGUUGGCAGUGCGCUGCGACCACAGCUAAAGGCAGCACCACGGCAGCCGGCAACGGAAACGGAAAGGCCCGGGGAAGAGGAAGCGGCUGCCAUGCGGCGAUGGCUCGUCCGCUGCUCCUGCUCCUGCCCAGCCUCCUCCUCCUCCUCGCCGCCCAGCUGCCCCACCCGGCCCAGGGGCGCAGCACCACCAGCAGCGGCGGCCUCACGGUGAUCGACAGCGAUCGCCUGCGCGUCCGCACCACCUCGAGCAGCGCCCCCAGCUCCGGCCAGCCAGCGAUCCCGCCCGCCAGCUCCGGUCCGCGCAAGCGCCACCGGAAGCGCAACAGCAACUGGAUCGACUACCGCAACUUCGACGAGAACACCACGGCCCUGGAGUGGGCCAAUCCCUGCGGGGGCAACUACCACCCCGCGGCAGCAGACCGCUUCAACCGCCAGCGGCCCAGGCAGAGCUUCAAUCAGCUGAAGCGCCACGCCUUCCGGGAGUACCGCAGCCUCAACAGCAGCCAGGAUGCGGCCAUCGACAUCCGCAACAUGACCAUGUGGUCGCUCCACACGCACAACUACAAGUUCCUGCCCAAGCUCAAGCCCAAUUCCACGAUUGCCCUGAAGCGCUGGUACCGCAACAUGCAAACGUACGUGGCCAGCUUCGCGUAUCUGAGGCGCCAGCAGAUCCGCUGGGACCAGCGGUCCAUCACCCGCGAGUCGAGCACCGCCCGCGAGCUGCGCGAGCUGCUCCUGAGCUCGCGGCGCAUCCUCUGCGAGCUGGAGACCGCCGUCAACCAGACGCAGAGUCCGCGCCAGAAGCAGCGGCGCAGUGGUGCGGCGGUGGUUGCCGUUGGCGGCGGCGGCGGCGGAGGUGCCGCCACCACGACCACGUCGACCCAGCUGCCGCAGAUCUCGCGGCUGGAGAUGAACAAGCGUCUGAAGCUGCGCUCCAAGACGGGGGCCUCCGACGGCCACGGCGGAGCCAGUGCAUCCGCGGCGGGCGAGGCGGACACGAUCGACAUGCGGUUCGUGAAGCACCACUACUACGACUUCCUGCGCACCAUGUACCAGCUGCUGAGGCGGGACGGCAAGCGCGUGAAGAGCCGUCCGCGCAAGCACCACAGGAAGCACCGCAACCAGCACCAGAAGAGCCACAAGAAGCAGCAGCAGCAGCAGCAGCUGGCGGAGCAGCUGGAGCAGCGCUGGCGGAGCUCGGCCGCGAACGGCAAGGAGUUCAACGAGGUGUCCAAGCCAGCGGCAGGCGGUGCAGCCGCGGCUGCAGCAGGUGGCAGCGCCCAGUUCGCGACUGGCAGGCGUGGAAAGCGCCAGUCGAAACGCGUGCAGCGCACGUGAGGCCACGGCCACACACAUAGAGCCCCCUCACCACACCCCACACUUCCUCAGGCCACGCCCCUUCCCUGUCCCGCCCUUAAUUUAACCGUUUAUCGAUCGAUCGUAGCUUAAGUAAAUUAUUUGAUUGCCAGCACCGACUCUCCAUUUCAUUGCAAGUAUUACCACAUUCCGUAUUUAUUGAGGCAGGCGCGAGGAGCAUGUAGCGUAAGACCCGAAACCGUAGGCCCCGAUCCGCAGUUGCCGUUCUAGUCACAUAAGAGCAACCGCCAGCCACCUAGCCACCUAGCCACCUAGCCACCACCAGUUAUGGUCCACUGGAGAGUAUUAUCCACCCCGCCCCGCCCCAAGCUGAAUUGUAUGUGACCUUUGAGUAGGCUAAGCACCCACCAUCAUAUCCACAACCAUAUCCACGCCCCUAGGCUAAGUUUCGAUCUUAAGGCACACUUUUUUUUCGUAGGCUAGCUUGUGUUUGACAUCUGUGAUAUAGUGCUUGACUAGUUCGUAUUUAACCUAAUUGUAAAUAUUGACCGCAUGCGUCGCAUCCAUGCUUUCGUAGUCUAAGCUCGCCCCUAGAAAUCGACUUUCGUAUUUAUAGACCGACCGAUAUUUGACUAAGCCAGCAGCGA